AUGGCUGCUGCUGCUGCUGCUGCUGCUCCUCCGUCCACCAAAGGCAGCCUGAGAGAGGAUCUGACUUGCGCCAUAUGCUGCGACCUGUUCCGCGAGCCCGUCAUGUUGGCCUGCAUGCACCACUUCUGCAAACCCUGCAUCUCCAGGUACUGGAGGGGGGCGCAGGGGCCCGUGACCUGCCCCCAGUGCCGCAAGGAGUUCAGCGGCAAGCAGUUCCACACCAACUACCUGGUCGCUGCCAUGGUGGAGAAGGUCCGGGCCACCACCUCGCACACGUACAUCCAGAACCUGGAGAAACAACUGAGAGAGACUUUGGAGAGCCAUCGCCUGAAGAGGGAGAACUACGUGGACAGUAUUCGCAGAGAGAAAGACAAGAUGGAGACAAUAAAGAGAUUGGGAGCAGAUCUGCAGGCCCGUGUCAAAGGGGAAUUCAGAGCUCUGCAUCAGAUUCUGCAUGAUGAGGAGACAUGUAUGCUGGAGCAGUUGAGGAGAGAGCAGGAGGAGGAACUGGACAAAGUCCAGCGCCACCUGGAGGCCACCAAGCGUGCUGUGAGGGAGCUGGAGGAGAAUAUGGGAGUCCUUCAGCAGGCUAGUGCUGCCACUGACAACAUCGUGCUGACCGAGCUCCCACAGAUAAGACCAUGUGCACGGGUGGAUGCGGCCACGGCUUUUGAUAUAAAUGCUUUCAGCAGCAAAUACAUGGCCCCAUUACAGUACAUCACAUGGAGAAAGAUGUUCAAGUCUCUGAAGCCAGCGCACCCGAGCGUUAGAGUGUCCCGGGAUAAAACCGUGGCCGUUGAAUGUGACAGCAUGACGUGGUACACGGAAAACAACAAGCGCUUCAUCCAGUGCGUCAACAUUCUGGCGGCCCAGGGCUUCCACUCAGGCCGGCACUACUGGGAGGUAGAAGUGGGCUCCAAACCCAAGUGGGACCUGGGCGUGGCCUCAGAGGCCGUGGAUAGACACUCAAGGAUCAAGCUGGGUCCCGAAAGUGGCUACUGGACUCUGCGGCUGCGCAACAGCAGCCAGUACUCAGCCGGCACCCAGCCCUGGACCAGGCUGCAGCUCGGCUCCUCCCCUCAGAGGCUCGGCGUAUUCUUAGAUUGCGAGGAGAGGAGGGUGUCAUUUUACAAUGCCGACGAUAUGAGUCUGCUCUACUCGUUCAAUAACGGGCCGAGGGGCAAGGUGUUCCCCUUCUUCAGCCCGUGCAUCAGUGCCAGCAGUCAGGAGCCGCAGCCUAUCAAACUCCUCCACUACCCACCUGUCGCGCUGUCUGGCUAA